CUCCCGGCGCUCCCGCCUCUUCCGCGCGCCCUCUCCCCGCCCCCGCACUCCUGCCCCGCACCCCUUCGCCGCGCCUCACACCUUCCGCCUGCUCCUGCCGCUUCCCUGCGCCUUGUCUCCGCACUCGACCCCCAUCCCUUUCCCGCGCUCUCAACCCGCGUUCCUCCUUUUCUGCGCCCUCACCCUUUUCCCGCGCGUUCCCCUCUCCCCGCGCCCCACCGUCUCCCACGUCCGCCUCUGCGUCCUUCUCCGCGCCCCACCUUCUCACCGAGCCUGAGCCCCGGGUCCCGGCCCGCCUCCCCCUACCCAGCAACCAGGUCCCCUUUUGGUGGCGGUGGUGGCGGCGGCGGCGGGGGAGGAGGCGGCACUCAGCUUGCCUAGCUGGCGACCGGGACGCGGGCUGAGUGGUUGUUCCUUGGCAUGACCUCCUCGUUAGCCGGGUCUGGGUCUUCAUUUGUUAACCCCAAGCUCCACCGCCAUGAAGGUGAAGAUUAAGUGCUGGAAUGGCGUGGCCACUUGGCUCUGGGUGGCCAACGACGAGAACUGUGGCAUCUGUCGGAUGGCCUUUAAUGGCUGCUGCCCGGACUGCAAGGUGCCGGGCGACGACUGUCCCCUGGUGUGGGGCCAGUGCUCCCACUGCUUCCACAUGCACUGCAUCCUCAAGUGGCUCAACGCACAGCAGGUGCAGCAGCACUGCCCCAUGUGCCGCCAGGAGUGGAAGUUCAAGGAGUGACGCGGCCCCUCUGGGCCGUGACAGGGUUGACGCGAGGACUGGAGCUGCGUUUGUUUUUCAUCACGCGUUGACGCUUUUAUCCAAUAAAUAAAACUCAU